AACUACCAUCUCUUUCUCUCCUGUUCGGUUUAGCUUUCCUAAAAUCUCGCUCUCGGGUCUGAACUGAGGGGCAACCUGACGGUGGACGAAAUUGCCCUCAAUCUUCCGUUGAAAUAACGAAACCUUUCCCUUCCUUUUCCACUCAGAUUCUUACAACAGUCAACUCUAAGGACCUCCCUCUCUCUCUCUGCACGCAAUCCCAUCCCAUCCCCGCCAUGCGACCUUGAAGCAAAGAACGAACGGUGCGGCAAUGGAUUUGGUCGAAGGCGUAGGAGAGAGCUCCUCGCCUCCACGCACCUUCAGCGGUUACAGCAACUACGACGUGAGGAACGACGUUUACAAUCGCUUGGUUGAAACCGGUCACGACCAAGCCGUUUCGAAUCCCGAAUUUCGCGAACACUUGGAAGCUCACUUCAAUCGCUUGCCUCCAAGUUAUGGACUCGAUGUUAAUAUCGAUAGAGCUGAAGAUGUUCUUUUGCAUCAGACUCUUCUUGCUUUGGCAAGAGAUCCAGACAAACGCCCUGUUUACCAUAUUCGCUUCAUGGAGAAUAUUUCUACUCGACCUGAUGGUGAAGAUCAACAAAUUUUAAGUACUCAUUCUAGCCCUGGGUCAUUUUCUCACGCAACAAAUGGGGGAGCUGUAUCAUCAGAUAAGAGUAUGACAAGGGAUCUUGCAAAUGAGUUUGAGCCUUGCUCGAAGCUCGAGGACCUAAAUUUGGAUGUUAGAAAGAACUCCAAGGAGACAGAGGAAAAAUUUCUCAAUGACGGGUUUUUCCAGAGGCAUGAACAUUCAAGUGUCCCAGUUCAUGAAAUAAUAUUUUCCACUGUUGACAAGCCAAAGCUGUUAAGCCAGCUGUCUGCUUUGCUGUCUGAUAUUGGACUUAACAUCCGUGAAGCACAUGUUUUCUCCACAACUGAUGGCUAUUCCCUUGAUGUGUUUGUGGUGGAUGGAUGGCCAGUAGAGGAAACAGAUGGUUUGUAUGAUGCUAUGGAAAAAGCUGUAGCAAGAAGUGAGGGUUCAUGGUCUCGAUCUUCAAAUUCUCAUUCAGCUGUGGAGAAAGUCUUAGCAGCAGAAGGAAAAUCAGGAGAUUGGGAAAUAGACAGGAAGUUGCUAAAGUUAGGAGAAAAAAUAGCAUCUGGAUCCUGUGGAGAUUUGUAUCGUGGAGUUUACCUUGGUGAAGAUGUUGCUGUAAAGGUUCUGAGAUCUGACCAACUGAAUGAGGCCUUAGAAGACGAGUUUACUCAAGAAGUGGCAAUUCUGAGGCUGGUGCAUCAUAAAAAUGUUGUUCGUUUUAUUGGUGCAUGUACAAAUUGCCCACAUUUGUGCAUAGUAACAGAGUAUAUGCCUGGAGGAAGUCUGUAUGAUUACUUGCACAAAAAUCAUAAUGUCUUGGAGCUGUCUCAAUUACUAAAAUUUGCAGUUGAUGUCUGCAAGGGUAUGGAGUAUCUACAUGGAAACAACAUAAUUCACCGGGAUCUGAAGACUGCCAAUUUGCUGAUGGAUACACACAAUGUUGUUAAAGUGGCAGAUUUUGGAGUUGCUCGGUUCCUAAAUCAGGGGGGAGUGAUGACGGCAGAAACUGGAACUUAUAGAUGGAUGGCACCUGAGGUUAUAAACCAUCAGCCCUAUGAUCAGAAAGCAGAUGUAUUCAGUUUUUCCAUUGUACUGUGGGAACUAAUGACUGCAAAGGUGCCAUAUGAUACCAUGACUCCACUACAAGCUGCCUUGGGUGUGAGACAGGGACUGCGACCAGAACUUCCAAAGCAUGGGCACCCUAAACUAUUGGAUUUGAUGCAAAGAUGUUGGGAAGCAAUUCCAAGCAACCGUCCAUCCUUUAAUGAGAUAACUGUUGAACUUGAAAAUCUUUUGCAAGAAACAGAGAAUGAUUCAGAAGCUAGUGGUGCUUGACAUAUUCAGCACAAACUAAUAUAUACGAGUUAUUUUAGACGGUUGGGUGAAUCUGCCCCUGCCCUUUUUAUACCCUCCCUCUUUGGCUAUUCAAAUAGCUGUAGAGUUUUUCACGUUCCCUUGUUGCGCCGAGGGAAAUAGUUCACAGAGGCUGACCCAUACAAAGUGAGAAAAUGUAAAGAGGCAUACUAAUGUUAUAGUUGACAAUACUUAAAAUAUAUAUCCCAGGCAAAAGCACGUCAAACUUCUCUGAAAUUAUUUUGAUAAGAGGAAUGCGUUCCACGCGGCUAUUGAUGUAUUUUGGUACCCAAAAGAAAAAAAGAAUCAGUCGACGUAAAAUCAAUGAAGUGUAUAGUGAGGGUAAUUCUGCUUAGCAUUAAUAUUUCUUUGGUUUUUUGGGGUUAAGUAUUUGAGCAUUAAUGUUCCGUAUUGUAAAUUAAUGGCAGGCAUGGACCGAUGAGCUCAGCCCUGGUGUCUAACAUAGCUCAAUGCAAAGUGUUAUCUUUGCGUUUGCCUUUCAUAUUAAUAUUAAUUACAGUAGUAGUAUUACCAAGCCUAAUAUGAGGUCUACUA